GCCAAAGCAAGCGGCACCUCCUCUCCCUCCGCGCCGCCAUGGAGGGGGGCGUGCGGCUGCGCGCGGGUGCCUCCAAGCAGGAUGUCCGGGAGAAGGUGUGGGAAUACCUGGAGCGCAGCGGGCUGGCCGCCUUCCCGCGGCCCGUGCACCGCCGCAUACCCAACUUUAAGGGGUCUCACCAGGCUUGCUGCUCUGUUAAAGAGCUGGAAGUGUUCAACAGAGCCCGUGAGAUUAAAGUGGAUCCUGAUAAACCCCUAGAAGGUGUUCGACUAGCUGCGCUGCAGGCAAAGAAGACUCUGUUGGUUCCCACACCACGUCUGAGAACUGGGCUGUUCAAUAAGAUUGUUCCACCUCCAGGUGCAACUAAGGAGAUCCUGCGGAUAUGUGCCACAUCUCAAGGUAUAAAAGAGUACAGUGUGCCUGUAGGUCUUGAUGGGAAAGCACGAGUGGACUUGAUUGUUGUAGGAUCAGUGGCUGUCUCUGAAAACGGCUGGAGAAUCGGAAAAGGGGAAGGUUAUGCAGACAUGGAAUAUGCAAUGAUGGUGUCAAUGGGUGCAGUGCAGGAGGAUACACCUGUAAUUACUAUUGUGCAUGACUGUCAGGUGGUUGACAUAGCAGAAGAGCUUCUUGAUGAUCAUGAUUUGACUGUGGAUUAUAUACUCACUCCAACAAGGACUAUCAAGACUAAUUGCAGACGACCAAAACCUCAGGGAAUAUUAUGGCAUAAGGUCAGCUAUGAAAUGCUGGAAAAAAUCCCGAUCCUGAAGAGUCUUCGAUACAGAGAGAAGCAGACCGGCAAGGAUGUUACCCUCCAAGAUGAACAUUCAGACUUGGCAAAUGCCAACACACCAGCAGUGUUUAAUGAGAUGGCAAUGGCUGAAAAUACAAGACCGCAGGCUGCAACGGGCUCGGCUCAACUAGGACAAUGUUAUGUUGAAAGUGAUUCUUUAAGUCCUCAAUUAGAGGGAUCUGGCAUGAUUACUACUGUGUAUGUGGGGAACAUACCUCCCAGCAUAAGAGUGAGCGAGCUGAAAUGUGCUUUAAGGGAAUUCCACACAACUCCUUUACGACUGAAUUGGCAAGGAGCACAGCACAGGGCUUUUCUCGAUUACAAGGAUAAAGCAGCCGCGGAGAGUGCUGUAUCCUCUUUGAAAGGCUUGAGCCUUGGGGGUAAUACUUUGCGAGUGGAGCUGGCCAAGAAUCAGAGACGCAAAGGGCAAGUAGAAAUCAAUAGUCAGAAAUGAAUAUGAAUAGAGGAAAAAUAGGCGUGUUUUCGUUGUUUUGUGAGAAGCCAACUUAAAUUUUCAAGGAUAUUAAUGUAUCCUCUGAUUUCUGCAGGCUAAACAACAAAGUGCAAAGCCAACUUUUCAAACAGAUGAGGCAUACAUCUCACAGCUGACUUGCCUACCUCCUUCAUGCCAUUGUACGUGCAAAGUGUAUUUGUCAAGACAUCUGACAUAGGAGCUGUUUCUCUAAACAGAUGUCCACAAAGUACCUACACUCCGUAGUUUUGUUUUUUUAUUGGCUGGGGAUUGAUUUGCUCUUCGGUGUGUGCAUUCUUUAGGCCUGGAUCAAAAACCUGCCCCUUAGUAGCUGUGUGCAGCCACAUGUAAUGAGGUGAUUAUGUUCUGUCAUCUAAAGGUUUUACCUGCAAAUUUGUUCUCAUGAGCUUAAAAGACAGCUGCAGAAAAUCUGUCUUAAGAGUUACUAAAAAAUGGGGUUUCCCUGUUGGGAGUUUUCAGCAUAUUUUUCCUUAAAAUGGCCAGGGUGAGUGAUUGUCCUUUCAUGCUCUUGAAGAACGGCUGUGGAAACACUAGCUCAGCCACUGAGUUCUAGUAAUAGCUGUUAACAUCAGGUGGAAGAGUUCAUAGCCCUUUUCUUAGCUUUAUUUUGUUAAUUCAGCCAUUUAUUUCAGUCUGGCAGAGGAAAGUGAAGACCGUUUUUCUCCUCUGUUUUUCCCCAAAACACUUCAGGUCCCUUAUUCAUAAAUGCAGAUCAUUAUAAAAUAGAUGCUUUUUCUGAUUAUCUUGUCCCUUAUGAUUUGAUGUGAUUCCAUUGCCUCUGUGAAAUGAUAUUAAUAUUAAUCAUUGUAGUGGAAAUGAAAUGGAAAUGGACUGUGGACAGACCACAGUCAAAACUUGUGGGUGACUAGCUGGUAUGGAGUUGUUUGAAGAGUUACUGGAGAUAAACAAAACUUGUUCCCGCUGUGCCUUUGUCACAACCAGUGUGGUCUUCCUGCAUCCACAACAUCAGACAACGAUGACGGUUAGACGGCAGCACUGGCAACUGUUCAUUGUGAAAGUGCUAUCAAGUGCUAGCUUGAACAGUAAGAUUUGCACACACAUGAACAUUCGCUUAUGGUGAGAAUGAUGGUUUAUUUGGUAUGGCUUUUAUUACAUCUUUUUUUCCUUUGGUUUCCUGUUCCUGAAAAACAAGUUGAAUUUUGGCUGAACCAUCCUUUCCAAACAGAAGCACUUUUGCCAUUGAUGCUGGGCACAUAUUCAAAAUAAGCAUCUAAAUGGAUAUUUUUUAAGUAUAAGUUGGAAACUUUUUUAGCUACAGGGUACUGUUAAGUAUAUUUUAAGCACGUUAUUGUGCCUCAAGGGCCAGACAUUUCAUGCAGUAUUAAAUAAAAAAGUUCUCAUCGUUAUCUUGUACUCUGUACAGAGGUGCUCAAGGGAGGCAUUGUUUUGAGUUCCUGUAAGGUCAACAAAGGAAAGGUUUCUGAAAAAAAAACAUAGUGCUGUGCUCUAAAAUGCUCUCUUUUUCUCCAGCUCAAAAUUAUUCAGUAUCACUUAGUCUGAAUUAAAACAUAAGUACUGUGGAGUACUGUGUGUCAGUAGUUGCGCACUUCACCGGUAAGCAGGGGUUAUAUUACUGCUCAAACAUACUCAUUACAUCAUGAGCUUAGAAAGCAGAGGAAAGAAAAGCAAAAAACUAAUUAUACAUCACUGCUUUCCCCUUCCAAAUGUCGGCAAAUUAAGUAACGUGAUCAUUUGAUGUUCUUUUUGACUUGUGCAACGUUGCUUGCUUUGGUGAAGAUGCCCAGGCGACCUUAGCAGUUAAAAAGCAGUUAUUCUGCCAAUGAAAACUUCCAGCAUUUCAGACUUCCCCACUUGCAUUAUAGAUUGAACCAGCCUUUUCUGGUCAACUUUGUACAAAUUUAACCCUCUACCUUAUUUCUUUUCUUAACAUCUGAAGUUUCAGUGCAGAUCAUUUACGUGGUACAUAAAUGUGUUGCUUGCUUGCUUUGCUCUGAACAGCGCGUGCAGACAGUGGCCAGUUUUAUUUGGACAAGCAUGUCUAGAUGGUUUGUGUUUGCAAUUGUGGUUCUGUGUGUAACCCACGGGGCGUGCUGUGCUGGGUCUAUGUCCAACUGGGGAGAUCUCUGCAGUUCUCUUCCAGCCUCUCCCUUUUUCUGUCAUGUAUUGUGAGGCCACAUUUCACAGUGCUACCUAGCACCUUGUUACUUUCCCAGUAGGCAAUUAACAGUCUGAACCACACUAUGGAGCAGAUAUUAACUAGAGAGAAGUAUGCAACUGUACUUAGUCUCACAGAAGAAAAAUAAUAACUAUACACAUAAGCCAUUGCACUGUUCAUUAGCAUUCUGGAUAGUCUGGGAUAAUUACGUUGUUACUAUGAUAUUUGUAUUUCCAAUUUAUGUAGUCAUUUUGAUGCAGUUAUUAAUAAACAGCAGGUCUUUUGGGCCUUACCUUCUUAAAGUCAU